CAAGCACAUGUCCAACAAUAGAACUAUUUAUUUUUAGGUUAUUUUCAUUUAAGUGCAGUUAUACAGUUUCGGGACAUGCAAAGAAGAAAGCAAUGCAUUCGAUCGUACAUUUCCCAUCCCCGACCCUUUCUCUUUCACCUAAAAUCUCCUCAUUCAAAGCCCCUCUUUUUGUGCUGACCAACAACUUUUUACCACCUAGAUUUCAUGGCUCUGUGUGUAGAUGCAUUUCAUCAUCAUAUAAUUCCAGAAAACCACCAGGCUCAUCGAAAACCCCUAAAACACCAGUGCCCAAGUCACCAACACCCAAACCAAAAUCACCUAAAUCAGCAGGUCUCAAAACACCACCACCCAAACCAUCAACACCCACUGCAAAAUCCAAUGUGUCUGAUUCCACUGAAUUCCUGGACGCCCAGGACUGGUCCUUCCUAGCUGAAACCUCCAGCUGGAUCAACCAAAAUAUGGCAACUGUAGUAGCUGCAGCCCAGCUGGAACAAGACUCAAAAGUUGUUCUCUGCAUGGGAACAGAACGGUUUGUGGACUACUUAUGCUCUGUUGAACCUUCUAUUGCAUUAUCAGUCCUUCAUUAUUCUUUGAUGGAGUUGGCCAAUAUAAAGGAGAACCACGACAGUGUGAGGUGCAGGCAAGGUGACAUUGCGGGCAUACCUCCUUCUUGGAGUAAAUUGGAUGUGGUGUUCAUAAACUUUCUACCAGCACUCCUUUGCCCCCUUUCUCAAAUAUUUCAAGCUCUUGUCAAGAUGUGCGCACCAGGUGCAAGAGUGAUUAUCAGUGACACUCAGGGAAGGGCUCAGUUAAAUGUAAACAAGCAAAGCUAUCCAGGUGUUAUUAAUGGUGAUUUGCCUGAUAAAGUAGAAUUAGAAAAGGUUAUGCAGGGAUAUCCUAUACAGCUUGUCAGCUUUAGAGAUGAGCCCGACUUCUAUCUUGCUGUUCUGAAGGUUGCUUAGGUUGAAAAUUCUAGAGCAUGAGCUCAUAUACUUGUUUUUGCCGGGAUAAUGUUUUUGUCUGAAGGAUGGAGAGGCUUUAGGACUUGUUUUAUUUCAAAGCUUGAAGUGGAUCACAUUUUCAGUUGAGCAUCAGGCUUUGAACAAACGUUGUGCUUGGUCCAUUUGUAUUUUUUAAUUGAAACUCCUUAAUCUGCCCAAAAAAACUUAAAAAGCGGAGAAGGAUUGUUGUUUUA